AUGAAAAUAAUCAUUUCAUUGUUGUUGGUCGCUGUGACUAUUUUCAGUGUGGCUAGUGCAGCCGCUCAAUGUACAUUUGCAAACGGGUCAGAUAAAUAUGAUUUUAGCGCAAUGAAAAAUACUACAGGAUAUACAUUUAAACCUUCAAAUACUUUAGGCGCUGCAACUUAUUAUUGGAAUGUUUGUGAUAUUUGCCAACAAUGUGCAACCUCAGAAGAGAACACAGUAAGUUGUCAAGUCAGUGGUGGAGCUUGGAGAACUAUUGGUCUUUUGACUGAUGUUCAAUUCACUGCGAUCACUGAUCAACCAAAUGUAAAGGGUGCCACUAUCACCUAUGGAGGUGGACCAAACUGCUCAAAUGGCCAAGCUAGAACAUCGAGAAUGAGAAUCCAAUGUUCAGAAUCCGAAACUCAAAUCGUUUCCGUCAGUGAGACCUCAUGUAUUUACGAUAUUUUCAUGACUUCCAAACAUGCCUGUCCAGGUGGUGGUGGCUCCAGCAGUGGAGGAUCCGGUGGAAAGAAGGGUGGAAUCGGUGGAGGAUGGGUAUUCAUCAUCAUUCUGUUGGUAUCAAUUACAGUUUAUAUUGGUGUUGGUAUUGGUGUUAACUACAAAGUACGUGGAUUAAGAGGAGCCGAAAUGUUCCCAAAUAUCGAAUUCUGGCGUUCUGUUCCAGGUUAUGUUGCAGAUGGAGCAAUAUUUAUUAAAGGAAAGAUUACAGGAUCAGGUGGACAAUCUGGUUACCAACAAGUUUAA